GAUAGGAGGAGGAGGAGGAGGAGGGGAAUGACUACACCAAGAGAGGAGGAGGAGACAAUUUCCUUUCUGUAACACACACAGGCUACAAGAUCACACCGGGAAAAAAACGGAGAGGAAAGAAAAUUAUAGGCGAGAAAGAAAGAGAGAGAGAUUGAGAAAGAGAGAGAGGAAGGAAACACCGCAGCCCUCUCUGUGGUUGGUUUUUUUUUUUGGAGAGAGAAUCGUCUUUUGCUUUUUUUACGCAGACUUUGCGGACUAACAUGGGGGCAAGAGAGAGCUCCUGACGCGGAUUGACUUUCAGUGAACCUCUGGUACAAGCUAAUAAGACAGGGAGGGGAAAAAAGGCGACAGGGAAGACAUGUUGAGGGGAUUUUUCUUCUCGUCUUGAGGUUUUGCGGUAGUAGGAUGUUGAUGUUGCGCUCUUAAAAACACAGCAGCUCCUCGUAUAGAGAAAAGAGAAACGAGGGCAAAUGGAAAUUGGGCGGUAGGUAGGUUUAUAAAUGCUCAGGAGCCAUUGUUUUGAUCGGUGCUUAUUUAAUUGGUUUGUUAUGAUCUGAAAUAACGUUAGGCCUCUUAGGCAGCCCUGCAGUAUAGGCUGAAUAAAUACACGCUCAGCAGCAAACAUAGCUGGGAAUUAACCAGACAAACGCGUGUGGGGUUUUUUGUGCGCGUUUAUUGUGUUUUUGUGGUUAGAUUACAUUUCUUAAAGAGCCAAAUAUCAACUCUUCAGGGGGGUCAUACAAAAGGCCUAGUAGGGGAAUAUUUGUGACUAUUUUAACCUGCAGAGGAAAAAAAAAAAUCAUCCACCAGGUUUUGGUUUUUAAGCACAAAAAGGUGCACACGAGUUUUUUUUAGCUUCAAGACAAGGAGGGACAAAAGAAGAUUUUUAAAUGUUAAUGUCGACCGACGUUGCAUCCAUCAUGCUGCCUGUGUCCCGGGGUCUCAUGGACCGGGAUAGAGAGCUGGAAACCCUGGCCGGGGUGGUGCACCCCAACGCGGCCGGAGCUCCGGCGGUGGUCCGGGGCAUGAAGCGAGGAGACCCGGAGCCAGACGGUCAGACAGCGGCCGCUCUGGUGGACUCCACCGGGGCGGAGUGCAAGCGUCCUCGGAUCGACGGCUCAGGAGGGAUCGGUGAGGUUGGCCAGAACAACGACCCUUUGACCCUUGGUUACCAUGGCUACCCAUCUCAUAGCCAGGGCUCUCAGGAUAGUGCUGGCGGUCAGGAGGGACUCGUACCUCCACCUUUCUCCGCAUUCCCUCCACCUCCACCACCGCCCCCCCAGAACGGCCUGGCCCUGGAUUACGGGGGCAGCCUGUACGCAGCGGGGGCCGUCCAGGGCCCAGUGGAAGCCGGCGGAGCAGCGAACAGCGCCGGCAACGUUGCCAACAGCCUCAGUGUCCAACAGUCAGAUGGGUCCUCCCAGAUUGACGGUCAGUCAGUUGUUGGCUCAGGAGGAGUCGGUGGCGGAGGGAGCAUUGGAGAUGAUUCAGAAAAGGGGACUCCUAAGCGCCUCCACGUGUCCAACAUCCCCUUCCGCUUCCGAGACCCCGACCUACGGCAGAUGUUUGGGCAAUAUGGCAAAAUCCUCGACGUCGAGAUCAUUUUCAACGAGAGGGGAUCCAAGGGCUUCGGUUUUGUAACAUUCGAGACAAGUGCAGAUGCAGAGAGGGCCAGAGAGAAGCUUCACGGUACGCUGGUGGAAGGACGUAAAAUCGAGGUGAAUAACGCCACAGCCAGAGUGAUGACGAACAAGAAGAUGACCACCCCUUACUCUAACGGAGAGGGCCUUGCGACAUUGCCAUACGGUAAUGCAUACGCUGGAUGGAAAUUGAGUCCCAUGGUCCAAGCCAUGUACAGCCCUGAACUCUAUACAGUACCGGGGUUUCCGUACCCAGCAGCAGCAGCAGCAGCAGCUGCCUCCUCCGCUGCGACCUUUCGAGGCGCUCAUCUCCGUGGUCGUGCUCGGCCCGUCUACAGCGCUGUCAGGGCAGCUGUGCCACAACCUGCCAUCCCUACCUACCCGGGUGUGAUGGCCUAUCAGGAUGGCUUUUACGGUGCAGCUGAUCUCUAUGGUGGAUAUGCAGCGUAUCGUUACGCCCAGCCGACUGCGGUAGCGACUCCUGCAGCAGCGGCGGCUGCAGCAGCAGCUUACAGUGACAGCUACGGACGAGUUUACACGGCAGACCCCUACCAUGCUGCGCUCGCUCCGGCUGCCUACGGUGUUGGAGCCAUGGCCACACUGUACAGGGGAGGCUACAGUAGAUUUGCCCCUUACUAAAGACACUACAUUUCCCAGGAGCUCCUCUCUUCCAUUGAAUCACUCUGAAAGAGCUCCCUCUGUUGUCGUGGAGGUGGACUGCACCCAGUUUUAAAGUGUGGAGACGCCCACAACAAAGAUAUUUCAGAUCCCACCCCUGAGCAGUCCCCAAGUUUUCUUAUAUACGCUACUACAGAAAUAGAGGAAUGCUGUAUUAAAGACUGAUGGAUGGCCUUUACAUAAAAAAAGAAGAAAAAAAAAAGACUUAAAAUGGCCACCUUCCCUAUUGCACGGCUGUAAUAUAGUCCCCCCUUCUUAAUCCCUCGGCACUCAGCAGCACAAGACUCGCGAUGGAGCCCAGAUGUUCUUCCAAAGGCUGUAUGUGGAUCACUGACAUUUAAACAGCUGUCAACCGUGUAUGAGAGAGAGCGGAGUGCUGUGUGGCCUGCACACACUCAACAUUUAAGGAAACAGAGAGGGGAAUCAAAGUGUCCACAAAACGUCGGAGCGGUAUAGGAAGCAGGAAGGUGCAUCGAAAGAGAACCUUAAAAAACAUUUUGAACCAGAAUGACGAGUCACUAAAAUGAUAAAAAAAAAAAACACCCACUGAUGGGAUUUUUAUAAUUCCUCCUUAACGUGGACAGAUAGUAACGAGAGAGGAUUUCCAUUCUUGCUGUGUUCUGGUAGAGGGAGGCUGAACAUGGCGGCUCGGAGGCAUGAUGUGUGACGGUUUAUACAGAAAUCACGUCCGAAAGCUGAAGGGAGGGAGGGUUAUUAGAGCUGUUCCUUACCUCAAGUUUUCUUAGUAUGUGGAAAUGGUGAACCUUUAAACUUAAAAUUGUUAUGAUAUGCAAAGAAAUUAGUUUAGAGAAAAAAAGUUACCAAAUUAUUAUUAUUAUUAUUAUUAUUGUAAUUAUUCUCAUUAUUAUUCUUAUAAAAAAACAUUAUUUUGUUUGACUCUGCAGCCAGUGCUGUUACGGGACAAGUAGAUCCAACAGUGAACCUCGGGGUUAAAAUCAGAAAAUGAGCAUCUAUAUGUCAAAUCUUUUUUGACUACAACUAUAGUCUCACAUCGUCUUUCUCAUGCACAGGAUUUCACUUCACCAAAAAACCACAACUAAAACACUACAAAAAAGUUCAACACUAAAACAUUGUCUUCUUUAAAAUUGAUUUUUAGCUUUAGAUCCAAACAAAAUCAUCCACCCACAACCCCGGGGGUUCAAGUAUUUGUUGAUCCUUUAAUGUAGAGAUUUAUUAUUUGGAUUUUCCCCUCAUGCUCCAUCUUUUAUAGAGCAAAGUCCAACAUUGAAUGAGUCUUCCUGAAACAUACUUUAGUCGGUUAAAUGUGUUCGAGAUGCUGCCAGCAGCGAUUACUGAGCAAGAGAGAGAUUCUGUCGGUGAGUUAAUAGAAAAUAUUUAAAUGCAAAACACCUUACUAUUGUGCAUAUUUCUAUACCGUUGUAUUCUAUAUUUCCAAAACGUGGCUUUUUUUGGCUUUUGUUUUUGUUCCAAAGAUUUGUAGAAAGCACAUUUUUCUGCCGUAUGUAUAAAUAUAUCAUCUUUGUUAUUAUCAUAUUCCUUGAUAAUCCUAUGGCUGUCUUUAUUUACUUCUUUUUCAUCUUCUGUUUGUCUUUUUUUUAUUAUAUAUCUGCAAGUGUUGUUCCUUCUCCAGUAAGGUGCAAGUUCAAUUUCAAGUUUAGUUUUGUUUUGUUUUUUACUUUGGAGUCGAGAUCUUGAGUCGAGGGCGUACCUGAGAGGUGACAAACUAAAGGUAUGCAGGUAACACUACCAAACUUUUGUCCUCUUUUUAAAUAUUCUGUCAAUCCAGGUUUGUUUUUGUUUUGUUUUGGGUUGAUUAUCCGUUAGCAUGACAUUUAUUAUAUUUCAAAACAUACAGGAACGGCUGGAUUUUUCUUUCUUUAUUUGCGUCCAUAUUUUGGUGACUGAUACAUCUGGUGUGAAUGAACAUAGGCGUGUAGCACUUUGGUUUAAACCAACUGUGUUUCUUUCUUUUUGAGUUUUUUUAUUUCAACAGUUAUUGUUUUUGUUUGAAGCAGGCUCCUUACAUUUCAGUGGUUAAAUCUGCCAGCGUGGUUGCUCCAGGUUUAUUUGAAGAUAUCCAGUAAAAAUGUCUGAAAGUAUUAUCUCUCACACAUAAGCAGGUUAAUAUUCCAACAUGGUGAAAAUCAAAAUGUCAUUGUGGAAUAUGAUCUAAGUUAAACAGGGCCGUUAUCGUUUGUUUUUUUUACCUGUAAACUAAUUUCAAAACUACCGUUGUGUUUUCCAUUUCUCAAAUUUGGAAAAACAGGUCAAUAAGAUGUUUUUUUUUGUUUAUUUUAUUAAAUGUGCUGCUGUUGGAUUUUCACAUGACAUUUAUCAUUUUAUUUGUAAUAUCUCCAACUUACUACAGAAUGUGCUCUGGACAAAAAAAAAAAAGAAAAAAAGAAACCUAGCCAAAGAUGCUAACUUACAGUCCCCAGCACGUUCUGGUUCUCAGCCUGAAAAAGUGCUACACAAAAUACACAAAGAUGGACUUAUGAAGCCACUGAAGGCAUGGACAAACCAGCAUGAGCGAUACUUGUCAAGUUUAAAAAAAAAAAAAAAAAAAGUUUUGCAUGAAUCUUGUGUCUUUCAUAUUUGACUCCUGAGCAGCCGAGUCCAGUUGCGUUCUUCUUUACCACUAAACUCUGUGGAGAAAUGACGGGCAGCUAGCAGGUUUGAAGCUAGCUAACACAACAAAGAGCACAGUGCUGUUUGGCAAAAAGGCCUGCUGACAAACGAAAUGGCUGCCGCACAAAAUAAACACGUGGCAGCUUCAUUUUCCUGUCAUGGUUUUCUUGCCGCUGUAUUAUAGUAAACUAUGUGGCCAUUCUUCAUAGUUGCUAUGGUUUCUCAAUGAACAGUCCUCUCCCUCUGUCAUGUCUAUAUCCCCCCUUGACUGCCAUUAUGUUUUUUAGUUAUUGAAUGUCCAUAUAAAAUGUUUUAUAUAAAAAUGUUUUGUUGUGA